AUGGAAUCUAGUUUGUGCUAUGAAUCACAGGGUAUGGAGUGCCCUUUACAAGUCAAAUCGAAGAUCGAGAAGGAGCUUUCUGACAUUGGCGAUGGGAUCUUGAAGAUGCUUGAUAAGAAACUCGUUCCGUCUGCGUCAUCCGGUGAUUCGAAUGUGUUUUAUCUCAAGAUGAAGGGAGACUAUCAUCGUUACCUUCCUGAGUUUAAGACCGGCGGUGAACGUAAAGAGGCCGCCGAGAGCACCCUCAAUGCUUAUAAGGCAGCUCAGUUGAGCAAUUACUUUGUUGAGUCUCACUUUCUUGCUUCUAUCAUCGUCUGUGGAGUUGAUGAUACAGCAGCUCCUUGA